CAGCUCCUAAAUUCCCAGCGGGGUCGAGUUCGUGCCACUGAGGAGGCCACGGGUCCCGGGAUAAAAGCAUUGCCAGGACCCGUGGCCUCCCCGGACUGCGCGCCCCUCCUCCGGGGCGACCCCCGAGCGGGCCCACGGCACUGGCGGGCCGCGGGGAUUUCGACCCAGGCCCUUCCUUUCUGCCCUCAAUUUCCCUUGGGAAGAAUUGCACGAAUGAGGUGACUCGUGGGAGUUCCGUACUGAAGUGGGCCGAGUUUCCUCUGCAUUCGUUUCUGCCGUGACUCCUUGCUAGUUAAACGCCUUUCACAGGUUGUCAGCAGCGACAGUCCUCAUGGCUGGUCCCCUGUGGCAGGCUGCAGUCUUUGUACAGAGACACAGGACAGCUCUCUUGGUGGGUUCCUGCACAGGCCUGUUCGGAAUUCAGCUCUCCUACCACCUGUACCCAGAUCCCGUGGUCCGGUGGCUAUACCAGUACUGGCCCCAGGGCCAGCCAGCUCCACUCUUCCCAGAGCUGCAGAACCUCUUCCAAGAGGUGCUCCAGGACCUGGGUAUCCCCUCAAGCCACUACUACAGACCCUUCACCACCUUCCUCUUCCAGCCUCUGAGUGCCGGCUUCCCAAAACUCCCUGCUGGGGCUGUGGUAGGCAUCCCUGCCAUCUUCCUGGGUAGCCUGGUAGCCAGCUCUGAUCAUCCAGUCAUUGUACAUGGGCAAAGAGUGAACUGGCAAAACCCAGCAGGCACUCGGCUGAGAGAUGCCUUGAUUUUGUCCCAUGAUGCCCAGAAAUUCGCAUUGGCCAGGGAGGUGGUGUACCUGGAGAGCAGUGCAGCUGCCCUGCAGGCUGUGCCAGCCCCCGCUUGCCUGGCAGGAACCUGGGCACUUAGUGUGGGUGCCAAGCAUGCCCUGGGGCUCUAUGGAGGCCCAAUGAGCUUACGAGCUGCCUUCAGCUUGGCAGCCACACUGGCAGGCUUUGUAGUCUAUGCCUUCUCCACAGACUCUCUCACUCACGCCCUGGAAGGCUGGCUGGACCGACGCACAGCCUCCCUGUCUCCGGAUUAUGCCCGCGGUGGAGUGGAAUUCUAUGAGAAGAUUCUGUCGGGCAACCUGGCCCUGCGCAGCCUCCUAGGCAGGCUUGGAGAAAAGCUGUAUUCGCCCAGUGGGAAUGUCAUCUCUAGACACUGGUUCCGCAUCAAACAUUUACCCUACACCACCCGCCGGGACUCUGUACUGCAGGUGUGGAGGAGGACCUUCAACCCAGGCCACUCUUGAGGAGCCCUUCACCAGGACAUUCCCAGCUUGCCCAGAAGAACAUUGAUGCUUCUGCAUCCUUAGCCCAAGGGCACAACAAUGUCAGGCUUUGCAGUUAACCUAGAUUGUCUCCUUACCUACCACUUACAGACUUGGUAACAUUAGGCAAUGUAUGAUCUGAACCUUCCUUUCUUCAACUGUAAAGUAGGGAGAGGGCAAACUACCUCAAAGAAUUGUCCAGUUGUGUGAGCCAUGAGCGCGAAGGCCUGGCAGACAGCACCCUAAAUAAACAAGAUGUCGCUCCC